AUGGAGUAUGAGGAGUAUUUCGACGGCAGGUCCUCGCGCUCUAACAGCCGCAGCCCGAACCCCCGUUCCCGUUCGCAGGCCCCGCAGGAGUCCGUGAGGCAGUUCUGGGAGCAGUUCAACACCAAGUAUCCCGGCAAAGUGUACACUAUCUUGCCUGAUAAUCCGUAUGCGCGGACAAGGGCUAAGCGUGUGCCCAAUGGCGUUGUCCAGGGCCACGAUGCUGUGAAGUCUUACGAGCAGGCUCGCCAAGAAUGCGUCAACGCUGUGGACCGCAUUGUAAAGGAGUGCCAGCGUGUCAAUCAGAAGUAUACUGAUCCUCAUUUCGACAUCGAGGUGGAUCUCAAAUCCGGGCGUAGAUAUUAUCUAGACGGAUUGGAUUCGGCAAACGAUGAAAUGAGGCCGCGUGGUGUGAAGCGGGUUUCGGAAAUUUUUGAAAAGCCACAGUUUUUCAUCAAUGGCCCUUCGGCAUCCGAUGUUCGUCAGGGUAAUGACGGAGACUGCUGGUUAAUGGCGGCCCUGUGUACCAUGGGGAACAAAGAGGAGCUGAUCAAGAAGAUCUGUGUCGCGCGAAAUGAGAGGAUCGGUAUCUACGGAUUUGUGUUCUAUCGCGACGGCGAGUGGCAGCAAUGUAUCGUCGACGAUAAGCUCUAUCUGCGAGCUGCAGACUACGAUGAGUCUGUAGAAGAGCGUCCCUUGUGGGACGAUAUCAUCCGCAGUGACACUGAAGAAGAGUACCGGCGGGUCUGGCAGACAGGCUCGCGAGCGCUCUACUUUGCCCAGUGCGUCGAUCCUAAUGAAACUUGGCUUCCGCUCCUGGAGAAAGCGUUUGCAAAGGCCCAUGGGGAUUACUCCGCUAUUGAGGGUGGAUUUGUGGGAGAAGCCAUCGAGGAUCUCACCGGAGGCGUCACGUCGGAGAUCCUGUCAAAUGACAUCUUGGACAAAGAUAAGUUCUGGAAGGAAGAGCUGAUGAAAGUCAAUGAGGAGUUUCUGUUUGGUUGUGGAACUGGACUGUUCUCCAAUUGGCUGGACCCGAAGUAUAAGGGACCCCCGCGCGAUCGGAAGGGCAUUUCAGAAAACCACUCCUACUCCAUCAUGGAGGCUCGCGAGAUCAAGGGCCAUCGUCUGCUUCGACUGCGGAACCCAUGGGGCAAGAAAGAAUGGCAUGGCGCCUGGGGCGAUGGAUCUGAGCAGUGGACCGCCGAAUGGAUAGAGCUGUUAGGCCACAAAUUUGGCAACGACGGAUUUUUUUGGAUUGCAUAUCAGGACCUCCUGAAAAAGUAUCAGCAUUUUGACCGGACGCGCCUAUUCGGACCUGAAUGGACGAUUACCCAGCAGUGGACAACACUGCAUGUCCCCUGGUCUGCCGACUAUCACAGCACCAAAUUCAUCAUGAGUGUAACUCGAAGCAGCCCUGUCGUGAUUGUUCUAUCGCAGCUUGAUACUCGUUAUUUCCAAGGGCUUGUAGGCGAGUACACCUUUGUCCUCAAAUUCCGCCUCCAAAAGGAGGGUGAAGAGGACUACAUAGUUCGCAGCCACAGCCACUUCAUGGGCCGGUCCGUCAACGCCGAGCUCGAUCUCGAUCCAGGACGAUACCAAGUUCUCAUGAAAGUCACCGCAUUCCGCGACGAAGAGGCAGACUCGACUGAAGAGAUUGUGCGUCGUCUCGCCCCAACCCGACGUGAGAAGCUGGUGCAAGUCGGGCUCUCCUACGAUCUAGCUCACGCCAAGGGUCUCGUAGGAGAGACCGAAGCCGAGCGUCACGAAAACGAGCGACGAAAGGCAUACGAGCGCAGGAAGCUGCGCGAUGAGACCAAGCGAAGGCUUCAAAAAGAAUGGAUUCGAGAGCGCAAGAUGGCCGCGCGGGAGCAGCGCCAGGCUGCGCGCCGUUCCGGCCAGAUGCCUAUGAUGUGUGAGCGGGCUCCCGAGCGUACCACCAUUCCAGGCCAGGUUUUCUCCGAGGGAACAACCCAGUCGCCGGAUGACCUGAGUAGCUUCUCCAGUGGUGACAGCGAGCGCAAAGCUACGCCGACCAGCUCUGUUCCGAAGAUCCAGUUUAAUGGCCUUCAUGCCCGCCAUGCCAGCACGUCCUCCAGGUGGAAGCGUGGAGAAUCGCCGCGUCCUAGUCUGAAUACUAGGCUGGCUACGGAGAACCUGGAUGUGAACGACCUCGAGCUGCUGGAGGGAUUUGAGUUUGAUAGUGAUCUAGAUAUGCCUCCGGAGGAUGUUGAACCCAACAUGAAGCAACCGCAGCCACCGCCGGAGUUUGAUGGGCCUGCUCCUGAUCCUUGGAAUGCGGUCUGCGUGGUCGGCUUGCGGGUUUAUUCGAAAGACCCGAAGCUCAGUCUCGAAGUCAGGCGUCCUCCACCCGGAGCUGAUGAAGCUCCUCUCGACCGUGAUGACCCUGCUGCUUCGGCAACACUUGAAAAGAGUUUCUGGGGUGUUCAUAUCUAA